UUGCGCUCAAGUACAUCCUUCAAGAAAAACAAGGAUUCACUUCGGAAGGUCUUUUGUGAGUGUAUGUGGUUCAUCUUGGAAGACUCAAUGACUCUAUGCUUUGUGCUGUAGCAAGAAUUAUAAAAGUGCAUGUGUGGAGGGGGAUCAAGAAGGAUACUUUUCUCAGGUUGUAACUAUAAUGUUGUUGCGCUCUAGUGGGUCUAGUAUGAACAGAUGAAGAGUAGAGCAUCUUUCAGACAGGAGUUAAAUGUUGUACAGACUCAGGGGGCUCAAGGUUCUUUGGCUACAAGGAGCUGCAGGCAACCACUGUCACGGCUGCAUUUUCCCAGCCUUCCUGCACCUGGAACCCAGGAAUUAGAGUUUCAGACUAGAGUGCUAGACUUUAAAAUGGCUUGAAACAUUCCUGCAGGAGUAGAAUUGCAAUCUCAGGAUAUCAGUCAAGCUUCUAAUGGAUGUACCUGAACUGGUUCACACCAUAUUCUGCAGGGACUACUAGUUCCUCUAAUGACCUGUUGGAAUGCCUGUAAGCAAUGAUUAGCUGCAAAGAGGGGGAUUCUCUGAACUUUUUGCAGUAUGUUGAAGACUGUGGACUAAGAGCCUAUAAAGGAUUGGUCACGCAGAACCUCAACCUGUGGAAUGAGAAAAAUAGGUUUAACUUUCAGGAGAAAAACGACAAGAAGCGAAAGCAGGAAGAAGCCAUUAAAAGGGGGGAGGAGGUGGUCACCGAGGGUAAGCACCUACGAAUGGGCUCCAUGAGCAUGCCGGCCCCUGCGGAGCACGUGUCCCCUCACCAGCACCAGCCCCCCUACAACAUGGGUUUCGCAGUUCGUUCACAGUCCCUGCACUCUGUGGGGGGAGGGGAAGAGGAGGGAAGCCCUACAUCCCGCAAACUGCCCCCACCCAAACCACGGCGGGACCCCAACACCAAACUCAGUAUCUCUGCUGAAGCUGUGGACCUCAGUCUGACCAGCUGUAAAGGCGAGCACUCAGACAGAUGUGAUGGAACAAAAGGCUGCAGUGAGGACUGCAGGAAAGUUCCCCCUCCAAAGCCCAUGAGGAAUCCCAACACACAACUGAGCACUUCCUUCGAAGAGUCUUACAUCCGCAAUCAUGGCUCUACAGGUUUACCCACCAUGCCCUACUCAAGAGAUAGCCAGGCUCCAUCUCCUCCCCAGCCUCAGGGCCCACAGCAGGACUCAGACCUAGAUGAACCUGUCUAUAUUGAGAUGUCUGGGAACGCUGGCCGCGAACCAACCCCUCGUGUUGAGGACGAUGAACCGGGUGAGGCCGUCUACGAAGAGAUGAAGUACCCUGCCCUUGAUGAGUAUGACUCACGUUGGGAUCUUGCGAGCUGUCGAUCACAAUGUGUCACACCCUGCCCACCUGAGGUUGAUAUCCACACCCCUCUAAGCCGUUGCACGACUCCUCUGAGCAUGGCUCUUUGUGACAUUCCUGCUCCUUUCCCCAACCUGUUGUCCCACAGGCCACCUUUACUAGUUUUCCCUCCAGCCCCCGCUCAGUGCUCACCCAACUCGGACGAGUCCCCACUCACCCCUCUAGACAUGACAAAGCUGCCCAUGUUGGAAAAUUCCCCUUUCGGCAAGUCGCCAACCUCAUCCUCUUUGGAAACUUCUGGCUCUUCUUCUACCUCGCACAUUAGGCGAGCUGAGAGGGAGCUAACGGCUACUCCUACAAUAACAGUGUCGGGGCGAUCCUCAGCGCCCCCACUGCCCUGUGCCCUUUAUAAAAGCUCUCCCUCUUCACAUGGCUAUCAACGCAGCUACUCAGCCUGCCCCUCACCUGUCAGCAUGGGCCGCUGCCUGACGCCCCUCAGCCUCAUGCGGUCUCCACCUUUUGAUGGUCCAUUCCCUGGAGCUGGCCUUCCUCGCAGCGCGUCUGCCACACCUCAUGGAAAGUGUUCACCACCUCAGGAUUCUGUUCCAGGGGGACGCCAUCAUGGCUCCAUGCAGAACGUCUCAAUGACACGCUCACGGACGCCCACUAGCCCACUGGAUGAGCUCACUAACCUUUUCACCACUGGCAGGAACAUGCUGAAAAAGAAUACUAGCAGCAGGAAGAGCAAGGAGCCAGGAGAAGGUGAAACUAAGGGAAGGGGCCACAGCUCUGACUCCAAACAGGAGCACAAGGAGAGGAGCCAUCACAGCAAAGAAUCUAAGCGAGACCGUAGAAGCAACGGAAAGUCUUCUCAUCGGCGAGAGAGCAAAGACAAAGAGCCGAAUGGCACUGAAGCCUUAUCUCGUCAUGACAGCAAGGAAUGCGGCUGCGGUAAUGUUGAACCAUUAUCCAAAAGGGACAGCAAAGACAGGGGGUGUAAUGGACCAGAGCAUCCUCCUCGACAAGACAGCAAAGAUAGAGGCAGCAGCACUGAGGCAAUGACUCGACGGGAUAGCAAAGACAGGGGCUACAACACUGCAGAACCUUUGCCCAGACGGGACAGUAAGGACAGAGGCUGUAAUGCUCUGGAUCUCUUGCCCAGACAAGACAGUAAAGAACUGCUAAGAAAUGGUCUAGAGACCAGACGUGACAACAGGGAGAAAAUUUGCUAUGGGAUGGAACUGCCUCCGAGACAUGAAAGCAAGGACCUGGGUAUAACUGGGCUGGAAUGUCGACAGGAUAGUAAAGAUGGAGGAAAGCAUGACAAGGAAUCUGGUCAGGACAAGGUGAAGAUUAACCACAGUGCAGAGAGCCGACAGUGGAGCAAGGAAAGGAUCAGCAGUGGCAGUGAUGUAGUGACCAAAAGGGAGUGCAAAGAUAGGGGAGUUCACACGAAUGACACUUUACCAUGGUAUGAGGGGAAAGAUGUAAGCAACUAUAGCACAGAAUCACCCAAAGAACAUGAAAGAGACACAAGGUCUGGAUCUUCAGCCAUGGCACCAUCCAACCGGUCUGGACGAUCCUCCAUGAGUCCACAUAAAAUGUUGGGGAACUCAAACUCUGACCUGAAGACAGCUCCAAAGGCAGGUCGGACUUCCUCCACACUAGUUGCACCCUCUCCAAUAGGCACACCUCAAAGACAGCCUCCUGAUGUCCAACAGAUGCCCCCUAUGCCAUGGUUAUUUGGUGAUAGCACCAUGCUGGAGAUGAUUGAGAGAAAACAGCGUCUCUGUCGGGAGAUAAGGUCUCAUCAGCAGCUUCCUGACCAUAGCCCAUGCAAAAAAGAAAGCCUGCCUAACAUGCCCAGCUGGAGAAAAACCAAUGGGGGAAAAAAGUACGGGCCACCCCCUUACCCCACUCAGACCACUGUCUUCUGGGACACAGCCAUUUGACAUUUAGCUCUUAUGAGCAUUUUAGGAUCCUGCUUCGCCCUUUUUUAAUCAUGCAGGGCUGAAGCAGCCAAUCAGAGUGUGAUCCGACCAGAGGAUGGAUGGGUGGGUGUGGUUACAAUAGCAAUAUUUAAGAGGGUGCCGUUUAAGUGGUUUUCAUAUCAUUGGUGAUAUCUAAUAUUUUUAUACUCAAUGUGAUUCCUAAAUGACCAAGCACCAGUAGAUAUUUUCUAAAUUAAAUGGAAUAUCUUUGCAAAGUUUAUGUAGAGUUAGCCCAAUGCAAUUGUUGUUUUUCUACCUUUAUUUAAAUUUUUUUAAUAAAUUUUUUUUUUUUUUUUUUUUUUUU